CUCGAAGCUUACUUACGCAUCGCUCUAUAUUACGUUGAAGCUUACGCCUCCGUAUGUAAUACGUAAUUGCCCACACCCACAUCUUCUAAAACACCAAUUAAAACAUAGGGAAUAGAUAAAAAGGGACCAAGUUGACGUAUCCUAAAUCAUUUUGCAUGGUCCACAUUCCCCUUUUUUUUCCCUUAAACCCAACGGCCAAUUCCAAUUCCAAUUCCAUGAGAAUUAAUAACAAUUUCACUUAUUCAUUUUAGGAACUGUUGGAUGAGUUUCAUCGAAUAUUCUCUGUUUAUCCAACAAAAUAUCCACUCGCAUAUUCGCAUAAUCCUUUUACAACAAAACAUAAAUUAGCCACCUCCUUUAAAUGCAACUCCGUGACCUUACAUUAUUGCCUCUGUCUUUGUUACUUUCCAUGUUUAAUCUUUAAAUAAAUACCCUUUUCCUCUUACAUGAAUUACUUAUUAUUCGUAAAUAUUUCAAUAUUCUUGUUUGUUUAAUUGAGAAAAGAUUUAUUGAUAUUUUCUUAUUUGGUUUCCUAGCCAUGGCUGUUUUUUGUAAGGAAUCAAUGGUUAUGUUCCUUUUGGUGGCUAGUUUUUCAAUAUCUUAUUGUUCAAGUGCAACUAGGCUUAAGAAAAUCCAUCAUUCCGCUAAAGAUAAUGGCAAUUUAAGAUUCUUGGUUGUUGGUGAUUGGGGACGUAAAGGUGAUUAUAAUCAAUCUGUUGUUGCAUUUCAGAUGGGAAGAAUUGGUGAGAAAUUAGACAUAGAUUUUGUAGUCUCAACAGGUGACAAUUUUUAUACUAAUGGCCUAACAGGAGAGGAUGAUCGUAAUUUUCUGGAGUCUUUUAGCAAUGUUUAUAAAGCAAAGAGCUUGCAAACCCUAUGGUAUACAGUAUUAGGUAACCAUGAUUACAGGGGAGAUGCACUAGCUCAACUCAGUCCUUACCUUAGGAAAAUUGACAGCAGAUGGAUUUGUUUGCGUUCUUUCAUAAUCAAUGCAGCAGAAAUUGCUGAAAUAUUCAUGGUGGACACAACCCCAUUUGUUAAAGAGUACUUCGUGGAAACGGAACAUACCUACGAUUGGCGCAAUGUGAUGCCGCAAAAGACAUACACACAAAACGUAUUAAAUGAUCUGGAGAAUGCACUAAGUGAAUCAACAGCAAAAUGGAAAAUAGUAGUGGGUCAUCAUGCCAUUAGAAGUGUGGGACACCAUGGUGACACUAAUGAACUUGUGGAACGUCUUCUUCCUAUCCUUCGGGCGUACGAUGUAGAUCUAUACAUGAACGGCCACGAUCAUUGCCUUGAGCACAUAAGUGAUACCGAAAGUCCUAUUCAAUUUUUGACUAGUGGGGCAGGAUCAAAGGCAUGGAGAGGAGACGUGAAAGGCUUGAAUAAUGAAGAAAUGAAAUUCUUCUAUGAUGGACAAGGUUUCAUGUCUGUCCAAUUGACACCAACUCAUGUAGAAAUUGAAUUUUAUGAUGUUUUUGGCAAAGUUCUACACAGAUGGAGUAGGUCUAAGCACUUGCUUCACUCGAUUAUUUAGAUUUUUUGACAAAUGCUUGGCUUAAUUUUUAAGUGGAGUAGUCUAUUUUCCAUAUAUAGAUAAACUAAGGGAAAGGAAUGAAUUGAUAAAGAUAGUAGGAUGUAUGAGAACUUUGAGAAAUUUAUUUAGCUGUAAAUGUUGGAAGAUCUAGAUUAUCUUUUGGAUAUGUAUAUAUAUGAAUGGAUUGAGGAAUUUGUCCAUA